GAAUUUUGAAUUACAGCAAGCGGGAGGUAUGGAACCUGCAGAUGCUUUGUUAGUUCCGACAAUGGCGACUUCGGCGUCUUUCUCGGCCAGCGACGCGGAUCCCAACACGGUAGUCAGUGACGAUUUUGUUUCUUCCUGUGGAAUUUUAUCCGUGCUGGAUCAUCAACAGCAGAAAACCUUUUCGUCGAAGGAGUCGGAUGACCAGUCUUUUCCGCGGAUGCCGGAAAUCAGAAUCAGCGAAGAAGAUCCCUUGAUAUCCGAAGAACUAUCUGGACCAUUUUCUUUUCCUGCGUCGCAAAAU